AUGUGCACACUUGACGUGGCGGUGGGUGCGCCAUACGGCGACCACGGCGGCAGCGUGUUCGUGUACUUGGGCAGCGGCGACGCGCGGCGCGUGGGGCGGCUGCCGGGCCCCCAGAGGCUGCCCAGCGCCGGCGACCCGGCGGCCACGCAGCCCGGCUUUGGCAUCAGCGUCGCUGGUGGUGUCGACGUCGACGGGAACGGCUACGUCGACGUGGUGGUCGGCUCGUACAUGGAGGGCCGCGCUCGGGUGUUCCUGGCGAGGCCUGCCGUCUCGCUGGUGGCCUCAGUGACGGGCCCAGAGUCGCUGAGGCUGGCCGAUCGCCGCACAAACAUCACCGCCUGCCUCACGUACACCAGCCACAGGUUCCAGGACGAUGUCGAAGCGACAAUGGUGUUCAGUGGCGACGGAUCAGCAGAUAGUCGACCAGUAACUAUAUCAAAAGGAAAGACCCAUUGUGAAAACGUCACAUGGACUAUAAAGGCAAGGGACAAGCUUGAACCAGUACAUGUCAAGGUCCGGGGAGAAAUUCGGGAUAAGAAUGACGGCGUGUUCUGCGGCGACUGCCCAGUGGCGGACCCGCAGCGCAGCGUGGGCGGCUCGGUGCUCAUCCCGUUCAACACGGGCUGCCGGAACGAGGCACGCUGCGAAUCCGAUCUGCGCCUCACCGUGGACGCCUCCUGGCAGCCGUCCGUAGUGGGCCAGGGCGAGGCGCUCCCGGUAGAGCUGUUGGCGACGGUGGAGAACACACCGGGCUACGACACGGCCCAUGUGGCCGGCGUGCUGUUGGAGGCGGCCGUGCAGCCCCCGGAGGCGGCGUGGAGCGGCCUCCACCUAGCCGACACCAGCGGCGCAGACUGCGAAGUCCUGCCCGCCCCCAACGCCUCCAGCAUCGCGCUACGCUGCAAUCUGCGCAUGCUCAAGAUGCGCCCCGGCUGGAGGGAGACGGUGCGGCUGAAGGUGGCGCUGCAGGGCCAGGCGGCGGGCGUCGCGACGCUGAGCUGGAACGCGACGGCCUUCCUGCGCGGUCACGAGCUCCGUCCGGAGGACAACCAGCGGGUGGGCGCGCUGCAGCUAUACGCACCGGCGGGACUCGCGCUCACCGGAGGCACAGAGCCACGCUACAUUUCUGCUGUUUCGGAUGACAGGGGAAGUUACAAAUUCACACAGUUCUUCAGGGUUAUUAACGCUGGCGCGUACCGUCUGCAGAGUUUCAACUUCAGCUUGCAUUUGCCUCUGGCGCUUGACUAUGAAGGACGGCAGUACGGUGGGAUCCACUACAAAACGCCGAAGACGAGCACUCCAAACAAGGUGACGUGCGCCACCUCAUCUGGUUCUCCGACGAGCGAUGCGCCAUCUUCCCAGGGGACACCGGGCUGGAUCUCUCAGAUCAGCACGGCAGCGUUUGGAAGCGAGCUGCGCGCCACUGCAGACUGCUCCAAGCUGGACAGGACGCGCUGCCAGACGUUCCAGUGCGUCGCGGGGCCGCUGGAAGCGGACGGGGACAGCGUCGACGUCAGUGUCGCCGCCGUCCUGCUCCGACGCUCCAUAGAGGACGUGCUUUCCCGCGCUGACGUGGACGUCAUUGGCCGCGCCAGGCUGCACAUGCCACAAGGUGUGCUGCUAACUUCAGAACUGUCCAGCGAAACAAAUACGACGACUACCAUUCUGAGCCCCAACAUCCAGAGGGCGGCAUUGGCUCCUUGGGUGUGGAUCGUUUUGGUGGUGGUCGCCCUGCUCAUCUAUGCUGCUAUAGUGGCCGUCCUUUAUAAGAUGGGAUUCUUCAAGCGAAAGAAACCCACAGCAAGGAGAUCAGAAGCAGAAGAUGAAAACUUAGCCGAGGCUAAGAAACUCAUGGAAGAAGACUGAGUAAGCAGAGCGACGGAAUUGACGAAGUUUUUAAGACA